AUGGCGAACCUCGGUGUACCUAUCAAACUGAUGCACGAGUCAUUGGGGCAUAUCGUGACUGUGGAAUUAAAGACUGGAGAGAUGUACCGAGGGAAGCUGAUGGAGGGAGGGAGGCAGGCUGACCAGGUCCCUUCUUUAAUUACCGCUGGCCCUCUCAUUCCAUACGCAUACGCUCUGUAUAUCGACUAUUCCCGCCGAACCAAACGUCUCGUUCUAUUCCCGUCAACAGCCGAAGACUCGCUCAAUAUCUCGUUGAGGGAAAUAACCGUGACGGCGAGGGAUGGCCGGGUGUCGCAGCUGGAACAGGUGUAUAUCCGGGGAAGCAUGAUCCGAUUCGUCAUUGUCCCCGACCUUCUCGCCAACGCACCUAUGUUCAAGCGUGUUGGACCCAAUGCGAUGCGUGGGCGCGGUAUUGGAGCAGCACGUGGACGAGCCACGAUCCAGCGGGCAAAUGCGCGGAGGGGUACGACGCGGACGAACCAGGGUGUCCGGCGAUGA